UUUGCGCUACGAACAGCGAAUCUCCGAACCAGUACGGUGAGGGCGAGCUGUCCCGCCUUUAGAAAGAACGCUCUGUUUUGUUUCUUCCCCCUCGCCAGAUCUGAACCCUAGCAAGCCCUCGUUCGUCUUCUCCGAUCGAGAUCUCAAAAAACCCUUGGAAUCCUAUCCUCCGAGCUCGAAUUCGAUCUACCAAGCUCGAGCGAUCUCCUCGGAGUUCCACUUCGUCCGGUCCUCCCACCCCCCAAUGCCGGCGUGAUCUGCACCCUAGAAUUCCUCGGUUGCUUCUCGUUCUUCUACCAAGAUCUAGUUUGUUUUCUUUUUUCUUUUUUUGCUUGCUUCCUAUCGAUUCAAGGCGUUCGGUGGAGAGCUCCGUGUAAACUAAGAUCUUGGUCCGUCUGGAGGGAUUCUAGAAGAUCCAGCAGCUCUAGCAUUCCUUUCUCUGAAGAUCUGUAGUUAACGUGGUGAGGAUUUUGCUGGGUUCUUUGUGGUUGGCUUCGAGGCAUCUCCAGAUCCGCGAAUGGGAGCGUCGAAGUACACCAAGGGGUGCACUGGGUGGCUGAUCGUGCUUGUCGUCGCGGCUCUCGUGGUCACCGCGGCGGUGGUCGCCAUUAGGAAGAAGACCCACCACGCGGAGGUGCUUCCCGUUCCCGGGCCGCCGGGGGCCAUCACUCAGAAAUAUGCCGAAGCUCUCUCCGUAGCUCUGCAGUUCUUUCAAGUACAAAAAUCGGGUAAGCUGGUUAAUAACAAGAUCACUUGGAGAGGGGAUUCCGCUUUGGAUGAUGGGAAAGAAGAGGGGGUGGACCUGUCAAAAGGGAUGUAUGAUGCUGGCGAUCACAUGAAGUUUGGUUUCCCUAUGGCUUUCACAGCGACGGUGUUGUCGUGGUCGAUUCUUGAGUAUGGAGAUCAAAUGAAAGCAGCGAAGCACUUGAAUCCAGCUCUAGAUGCUCUGCAGUGGAUCACGGAUUAUUUGAUAAAUGCCCAUCCUUCUGAUGAUGUCCUUAUUGUGCAGGUGGGUGAUCCUGAUGUAGAUCACAAAUGUUGGGACAGGCCAGAAGAAAUGACUGAGAAAAGGCCUGUCACAAAAAUUAAUAAAAAAACUCCAGGAACAGAGGUGGCUGCCGAGACAGCCGCAGCUAUGGCUGCAGCUUCCAUGGUGUUCAAAACCGUCAAUGCCACCUAUUCAGAUUUGCUUCUUCAGCAUGCCCAGAAGCUUUUUACUUUUGCUGAUACCUAUAGAGGCUCUUACAGUGUCAGCAUUCCACAAGUUCAGAAAUUCUACAACUCUACAGGUUAUCUGGAUGAACUCUUGUGGGCAGCUAGUUGGCUUUAUCAUGCCACGGGAGAUCAGACAUACCUCAGUUAUGUUACUGUUCAAAAUGGAAAUGCUUUUGCUGACUGGGGAAGACCAACAUGGUUCAGCUGGGAUGACAAACGUGCAGGAACACAGGUUCUUUUGUCCAGAGUGCAUUUCUUUGGUUCAAAAGAAUCCUCAAAUGCAGAGCAAAAGGGUCUCCAGAUGUACAGGAAAACAGCCGAAGCGGUCAUGUGUGGCCUUUUACCAGAUUCCCCUACAGCCACUAAAAGUAGAACGGAUGGUGGAUUGAUAUGGAUAGACCAGUGGAACUCUCUUCAGCAUCCUGUCGCUGCAUCAUUCCUUGCCGUAGUAUAUAGUGAUUACAUGCUGACCUCCAGGACCUCAGAAAUGCAUUGCAAUGGGGAGACGUUUUCACCCUUGGAUCUCCGCAAAUUUGCCAUGGCCCAGGCUGAUUACAUACUGGGUGACAACCCAAUGAAGAUGAGCUACCUUGUCGGAUAUGGGAGCAACUAUCCACAACAGGUGCAUCAUAGGGGAGCAUCAAUUCCAGCGAAUGCCAACACUGGCUGCAAGGGGUGGCAGUGGCUUAAGUCACCUAAUCCAAAUCCAAAUGUUGCCACAGGAGCACUUGUGGGUGGACCAUUUCAGAACGACUCCUUCAUUGACCUCCGAAAUAAUUCCAUGCAGUCUGAGCCCAGCACCUACAGCAGUGCUUCUCUAGUUGGUCUGUUAUCUGGCCUGGUCACCACCUCAUCCGUUGCUCAAUCUUUCACCUGAUCCACUGCUCAAUCUUUCACCUGAUCUGGUGUCCUUCCUGGCUCUGGAGUAUAU